GUCCUUUUCUGCCACCGUCCUCUCCUCCGCUGCUUCUCGUUUAAAACGUAAAUAAAUCGAAGCCCAUUGGGGGAAAGAAAAACAAGAUUAAGAGAGAGGAAGGCCAAAGUCCCCAAAUUUGAUUUGAGUGAGCCAACCGUAACGAAGGAAGCACCACCGUGAAAAACACGAUUUGUGCUUCCCUCAAAUCAAUUUCCUCUCAGCCAUGGCUGCUCCAUCUCCCCCAAUCCUCCCGAUCUCGAAUUCCCAAGCCGCCGUCACCACCACCACCGUUCCUUCCGCCGCCGCGUCUGCCCAAUCCCAGCCUCCGAUCGCCACCCCGGCCUUCCGCUCCUUCAUCAACAAAAUCUCCGACACCGUCCGCAACGGCCUCUCGCAACGCCGCCCGUGGGCCGAGCUAGCCGAUCGAUCCGCCUUCUCGAAGCCGGAGUCCAUGUCCGAGGCCUCCCUCCGCCUGCGCAAGAACUACGCAUACUUCCGCGUCAAUUACCUGGCCGUCAUCGCCGCGAUCUUGGCCUUCUCCUUGGUCUCGCAUCCGUUCUCGCUCUUGCUGCUGGUGGGCCUCCUGGCUUCCUGGAUCUUCCUCUACCUCUUCCGCCCCGCGGAUCAGCCGCUGGUCAUCUUCGGCCGCUCCUUCACCGAUAUGGAGACCCUCGGCAUCCUCGUCCUGUUCAGUGUGGUCGUUGUUUUCCUCACCAGCGUCGGAUCUCUGCUCAUCUCGGCUCUCAUGGUCGGGGCGGUCGUUGUGGGCGCGCACGGCUCGUUUAGGGUUCCGGAGGAUCUGUUCUUGGAUGAGCAGGAGCCUGCCACCACCGGAUUCCUAUCGUUCCUCGGUGGCGCCGCUACCAAUGUCGCCGCCACCACCGCCGCUCGCGUCUGAUCCCGCUGCAAUCUGAUUCUCCAUCGGACGGUUUUUGGGUAAUAGGACUGGGUCGAUCCAUUCUUUGAUUUUCUUCUGUUUGAACAUUUUAGAUACAUAUAUUCGACGAUAAGAAUUGUGAUUACAGAAAAAUAAAGUAAAAUGAAAACUCUUGCUUGUUUCUAUUCAGGUUGAUUUUCUUUGAUUUCCAUCUGGUCUCUGUUCUUUUGGCUCUUAUUAUUUUGGAUUUGGUCUGUGCAUAGAUCCCUAUAGCAAAGCUUAAUCGCUGCUGUUUUGGAUGUAAAAUGGAUCUACUUACUUCCCCUCCCUCUCCCUCUCCCUCUAUGGUCCAUGAAUUCCAUUUCUAUCUCUCAGAAUACAGAUAAAAUUCAAAGUCUUCGGGAAGGGUUCCAGAAAAACAGAUCACUUCUGUUUGAAUUUCUUCCUCGCAUAUCUGUAGAUCUGGGCACGAGAAUAUACCAAAUGGUAUUCGACAGAACUAAUGAACAGGUCAUCUGGAAAUGAACAUAGAGAAGAAAGUAGCUGAAAAGUGAAAACCAUAAACUAAUACAUCACAAAUUGGAAAACCCCCCCUGCUCCCCUUUACAUUUUUGGCCCAAGAGAAAUAAAGAUAGUUGUUACAGAAUACACGAGAACAAAAAAACAACCCAGCAUACCUCUUCAUGAUAUGGCCCUCCUACCUACCUGAGAAUCCAAAUCGUCCAUCGGAAAACAGAAAACACAAGUCCAAGUUCCGGGUCUGGACGUAGGGGUCUUUUCUACUAUACUUUCGAAAUAUAAAUUAAACUUAUACCAUAACCUUAGAGCUUCCGUUUUUAUCAUAAAAGAAAUUGUUUCUUCUACAAGUUUAGUUUGUACUAUAAAAUCACGAAUUCAGUUUGUACUAUAAAGGAAUUGGGUGAAUAGUAAGGUUGGUCACUGAGAUUAUUAAAAAGUUUCACGUUUGGUCACUAAAUUAUUUUAUUCAUUUGGUCUUUAAGAUUAGUCAAACAGUCCAAAUUUACUCACUCUUUGUUACCUUCUGUCAUUCUCCAUUAACAUCAUCAAUUUUUUUGCUGACGUAGCUAACAUACAUGCUAAUUCACCCAAUUUUAGUGUGUCGCGUAAUAAAACUAGCCACAUCAGACCUUCUGCAUAAUCCAACCCAAUUCAACCCCUUACCCAACCGACCCGGCCUGCCACCACCUCACCUCCCCACCACUGACGCCUCACCUCUCCUACAACAUCGCCAAGACGAGCUCAAGAAAAUUGUCAUCCAUUGCAUUCCCUCAAUCUCCCAAGUCCCGCCACAGCCAUGCUCUAUUGUCGGUGUCUCGUCCUUUUCGCCCUCCUCUGCUUCUCCCUCUCCCCGGUUUCCUCUGCCUCGGCCUUUCACCAUAUUUAGAUCUGGGUCAAUCUCGUCCCCUCGAUUGCAAGGUCGAUAGUGGGGUGGGAGUCGAGAUCCCAGAGCGAAGGCGGUCGGUAAUCUGCAAUCCAUCCACAUGGAAUCCCUCCCUUACACUGUUCUCUCCGACUCUCUGUAUUCUCCAAUGGUGCAGGUACAAGGUGUCGAUUUUGACAGGAAAGACACUCGGUGAAAGAAUAGUCAUGAUCGACGGAGCAACUUUCUUCACCUGGAAGGACUUUGGUCAGUGGGGGAGACGGAGACGGGUCAGUUGGUGUAGGGCAGAGAGCUAGGUCGGGUCGCAGGUUUAAUUUGUAAGGAUUUUAAUUGGGUUGGGUCAUGGGUUGAGAUUUUGGUGACCUGGCAGUUUUUCCAACGUGGUGGUUUUUUUUGUUGUUAAAAUUUGGUGAAUCACCAUGUUUGUUUGCCACGUUAGCAAAAAGCUGACGGUGUAAACAAAGACUGACAUAAGGU